AUGGCACCUAAACCCAAUCCCGACGGAGCGGUCUCCGUCCCCGGUUCACCCGACCAUCGGGUGAAUCCCAACGUCCCCUUCGCGCGUGGCGGCAGCGCCACGGUCGAGACUCCUCCCCUGGAGGAGCUCGUCGCCGCCUUCCGCGGCAAGCCGGGCGUGCACGGCCGCGCCGUCGCCGUCGCCACCCGCCGACGCCGCGGCGGUGGUGUGGUCUCUGGCCGCGUGGCCAAGGCGUCGUCCUCGUCGACGUCGUCUGCUGGCCCCGCCCCGGCCCCGGCCCCGGUCUCCGCUCCCGCCGCCCGCCCCCUGCGCAGCAGCAGGAGGGUGGCCGCAUCCGCCUCCGCCGCUCCCGCCCUCGGCCCCGUCUCCGCCCCGGCCAAGCCCAAGCGCGCCAAGGGCCCCUCCGGCAGCUCCUGCGUGGGCUGCCGGCAGGCCAAGGCGAAGUGUGAGAAGGUGGCCGGCUGCGAGAAGUGUGCCAAGGCCGGCGUCGAGUGCUCGGGCUUCCCCGAGGAGGAGGAGGAGGAGGACCAGAAGAAGAAGGGAAAGGGCAAGGGAAAGGGCAAGGGCAAGGGCAAGGGCAAGGGCAGGGGCAAGGCGGUGGUGCGCGCUUGCGAGCGUUGCAAGCGACUGAAGGUCGCUUGUGUCCAUCUCGAGUCGUGCGUGCGGUGCGCCAAGAAGGGCAUCGUUUGUGAGAAGGCCUAG